AUGGCGGCAGAAGCAGGCCAGCCCGCGCCGAAAAGCGAGGCUCCAACAGAAAAGAAGGACCAGGGAGACCAAAAGAAGGGCGCCAAAGACCAGAGCAAGGCCCCCACGGCAACAGCAGCAGCAGCAGCUGAAGGCGGCGAAAAGAAGCUGUCCAACGCCGAGCUGAAGAAGAAGGCCAAGGAGGAAAAGGCCGCCAGGAGAGCAGCAGCAAAAGUCUCACAGCCACAGCCGCCCGCCAGCGCGCCGGGCCAGGGCGACAGCGCAAAGGGCGGCAAGCCCAAGCCCAAGCAAGAUGGACCGCAGGCGGGCGCUCAGCAUGGAAAGACUGCCGUCCCGCGAUCGGCCGCGCCCAUGACGGCGACGGCGCCCAAGGAGGCAAAACCGUCGGUUCCAGAGUGCUUCAGCCAUUUGGCCAUGGCCAAGGGGGUCAACCUGACACAUGCGGACAAGGAUGUGCACCCCGCUGUGUUGCUGCUGGGCCAGCAGAUGAGCACCAUGGCCAUCAGUGAUAGCACCACUCGGCUGGAAGCUACACUCCUGGCAUUCAAAAAGGUAAAAGACAGAUUCUAUUAUCAAGUCAUCUUCACUGGGAUACAUACAUCUAACAAGAGAAUACAAAAUCAGGUCAUCGAUUCAUACACAACACCCCACGGCACCACGCUCUCACGACACUUCACCUCCCACGUCCUCAACCCCCAAAUCGUCUACCUCACAGCAUGCCGCCCCAUGUGCUUCUCCAUGGGCAACGCCAUCAGAUGGCUCAAGCUUCAGAUCAGCAAGAUUGAUAUCGACAUGGCCGACUCUGACGCCAAGAAGCUCCUCUGCGAGGCCAUCGACAGCUUCAUCCACGAGCGCAUCACCCUCGCCGACCUCGUCAUCGUCAACACCGCCGCCGACAUGAUCGCCCAGGACGACGUCAUCCUCACAUACGCCCACCACCACCUCGUCGAGCGCGCCCUGCUCAAGGCAAAGGCCGCCGGCAAGCGCUUCAAGGUCAUCCUCGUCGACGACCCCUUUGAGCGCGUCGGCCUCGCCCACGUCAAGAAGCUCGCCGCCGCGGGGAUCCCCGUCGCCUACUCGCCCGACUUUGGCGCCCUGCGCACCAAUCUCCAGGAGGCCACCACCGUCCUCGUCGCCGCAGAGGCCAUGUUUAGCAACGGCGCCAUGUAUGCGCGAGCGGGCACCUGCGACGUCGCCACGGCGGCGUUUGAUCUCGGCGUGCGUGUCACUUCGCUGUGCGAGACGAUCAAUUUCACCGAGAGGGUGUCGAUAGAUUCGCUCACCUACAACGAGAUUGAUCCGGAGAGGAACACGGAUGAGGAGUUUAGACUGCUGUUUGACACGACGAGGGACAAGUCGAUCUCGGCCGUUGUCACGGAGUUGGGAAUUUGUUCGGCCAAGUCGGUCCCUGCGAUUUUGCGGAAGCUGGAGGAGUUGUAA